UUGCCAGUCUAUGUGAUACAACAGAAGCAUUUACCGUUCGAGCCAUUUUUCCCGUUCGAUUCGUAUUAUCUGUGUCGAUCAUCAGUUUUUAUAAAGCCUUUGCUGCGUCGAUUCACACCUUUGGCUGAAGAUGCGAGUGUUUUACAACGGGAACUGAGAUGGCACAAUGCGAAGACACUAUCUGGAGCGAUGGGUUUCAAGAAUACCGAUGAGGCUGCUGGUUCACUGGAUUUUCUGGAGGAUUUGAGGCGCGAUAUGACGGAUCUUGUGCCGAGCGGUCGACAGAGUAUUGACGAGAUAGCCGACAUCUUUAUGAGAUUGAUUCCAUGUAUUUGUGCGGAAACUCCAUCUUCGAAACUUGUUUCCAAAAUCUAUCAUCCAGAUUUGAAGCCACUGCGAUUCGGAAACCGUCUCUUUAGACUCUAA